AUGGUGUAUUUGAGAGCAACAAGCAAUAUUGCCGCCGAUAUUAGGAAUAGCUGCCAUAAAACCUGCACGCUGGCCCAAGUCAGCAGGCCAGUCAAUCCAACGGCCACUAUGUUAUCUGGGUCAGGGUCCAACACAAGAUUUACCCACCUCAGAGGAAAAAAUGGAAGAAUGGGUUUGGCUUUUAAUGGAGACACUGGGGGUGGGGCUAAUGGCGUAGCUCUAAACCCUAACAUUUGGUUAGUUACGAAGAAGAUGUAUAUAUUUUACUCGGAUACGGCGUUCUGCCUCCCCGUCAAGGUGCGGUCGUUUCUUCGCGGCUGCGACGGCGAGGACGGCUGGAGAUCGAUCGCCGACGCUAGGGCUGCAGCGGAUCGCGACUUUCCUCGACCUGGUGCGGCUGAGACUUGUGGCAUCUCGAACGGCUCUCCGGCGCGGUGCUGUUCGUAUGUGGGGCCACCGCCGGUGGUCUCGUCAACGGGAGAAAAGUGUUCGCGAUGGGCUGCUCGGAGGCUAUCUCAAACAAAUUUACCCGGUUACGAUUUUUUGGAUUUUUUGUUUUUCUUGUACGAUUGA